AUGCCGCCGAACAAGCCCGUCAAUCUCCCCGCCCACCGUGCAGCCCCCUCCAAGGAUCCGCUGGAUGAGCAGCCCGGGAGCCCCCUGCUCGUCCCUCCCAAGCACGCCCGCGGGAAGCGGUCGGUGACCCCUCAGCGCAAGCGGCAGUACCGGAGGCCGAGGGUGCCGGCCGUCGAUGCCGCGCCGCAGGCGGCACUGAUGCGGCCUGAGGCCCAGUACCAGCAGCACCAGGCUCGGUACCAGGGGCAGGCGGUGGCCAUGCUGGCGGACCUGACGCCAGCGCAGCGCCAGCAGCUCCUGCUGCACCACGCUAUCCUCAUGCAGCGCCAGCGUCAGGUGGCGCUGCAGGCACAGCAGGCUGGCCUGCCGGGUCAGCGUGGGUCCCUGCCUGCGCAGGGCCCGCUGCGGCUGCAGCCCACGGGCCCCAGGCAGACCGCGCAGGCGCAGGCACAGCAGGCGCAGCAGCAGCGACACGCAGCGCAGCUGUUUGCCGCGCAGCAAGCGCGCAUGUUUGCCCCCGGACAGGCGCCCGCCGUGCGACCUGGCGCGGGCGGCUGCGCCCCGCACGCUUUCCUGGGCUUCCAGACGCCCUACGGAGCGGCGGCGGCGUACGGUGCGGGCCCUCUCCCGCAGCACGCUUACCCGCAGCAGGCAUACCCCCCCCCGCAGCACCUGCGGGGCCAGGUCCGGCCCGCCGACCCGGCGCCGUCGGUCCCUGCCGCCGCGCUGAGCUACGGCGAUCUCAUCCGGCGCUGCUCGCCCACUCCGGAGCUGUCAGGGACACCCUCCCUGCCCAAUGGUGCCUCGCCCCACGCCUCGGGCGGGGGCGCGGCCGAAGCCGCGUCGCCGUUCCUGCCGUCGACGGGGGACUGGAGCCUGCCCCACUUCUCGCACGCCUCGCCCUCGCUCACGCAGCUCCUGCGCGGCGGGUCGGGGGCUCAGCAAUCCCAGGGGCCGCUGGUCUUCGUUCCCGACAUCAGCCCCGGCGCGGGGUGA